CGCUUUCUCACGAUUCACGAAACUUCCAACUUUCUGCUACACUACGCUUAUCUUCCCAAAUUUACACACAAUCCACGUGUCAUACAUCGGUAGCCCCACUGUAAAGAUUUCAAUCCAAUCACCGCCCUCCAUUUCAUCCGCGCAUUGAAGUGUCAUCCUUUUAUAAACCCUCAUAUCAUUCCAUUCUGUCUUAUCUCCCUUUUCCAGAUCCACACUUCUUUUCUUUUCCGUUCAAACCGUUUCUCACGCAUUUUUCAUAACCGUCAUUUCAACUCCAUUUCAGAUCCAACUUUCUUCGAUUCAAAAUUCAAAUUCACGCUAUCGCAAUGGAGACGAAGAUGAAUCGCGCAAUUGCAGGAUUCUCUGUUCUUCUCUUCUUCUCUUUAUUAGUCAACAUCGCUUCAUCCGCCGAUUCACCGGCUCCGACUCCAGAUUCAUCGCUAAAAUCUCCUUCUCCUUCUCCGAACUCUUCUCCGGUAAGUUCACCGCCAGCUCCAACUCCAACACCGGCUUCGUCUCCUCAUCCCGAUUCGCCUCCAGCUCCUUCACCUGAAAACUCUCCUUCUUCUUCUCCAUCUCCAUCUCCGGAUGACGCGGCUGAUUCCCAAGUAAGCCACGCAGGCGUUGGAGAUGCUGACGAUAAAUCAAGCGGAGAAGGAAUGAGUUCCGGUAAGAAAGCAGGGAUAGCUGUUGGAGUGAUUGCAAGUGUAUGUGUGGUUGGAUUGGGAGCGAUGGUGUACAAGAAGCGCCGGCAAAACAUACAGAGAUCUGAAUAUGGAUACACAGCAAGGAGAGAACUUCUGUAGAGACUUCGAUUUGAAUCUAGUACUAUUUUAGCAUUCAUUCAUAUACUAUGAUAGCUUAUUUUCUCCUCAAUUUGAUUAUUAUUGAUUGUGCGCAAUAAUCUCUUAAUGAUUGGGACUGAAUUUUAAGAUUUGAUACUGUUACCAUUUUAGGAAUUCCAAUUUUUCCGUUCUUGAUUGUACUAUCGUAAAAUUUACCAUUCCAGCCUUGUUUUU